AUGGAUUAUUGUCUAAAAGUUCAUCAUUAAAACUUUCAAAUUAUUGGAAUAUGUCAACUAUGUAAAUAAGAUUACAUAAGUUGUAAGUUUUGUGCUUCUGAACUCCAUGUUUAACAUAUUGAUGAUUUUCUAUUAAUUGAUAAUAUGCUCUUGCUUCUUCAUUAAGUAAUAAACAAAAUUGAGAAUGUAAUACAAACAUUGAAAUCAAAAAAAUUAUUGAAAAACUAACAAUUUUUUACUUUUAUUCAAUCUAAAUAAAAUCUACUAUAAGAUAUUAGAUCUUAACUUAUAAAUCAAACCUUUAAAAACAAUAUUUCAACUUUUUAAAUAUUCACUAAAAAUAUAGAAAGGAAUAUUUUAAAUGAUAUUCUCUCUUAUUUGAUUACCUAGUAUAAAAUCUUUGAUGAUAUAAAUGAUGUGUAAAAUAUUAAACAAAUAUUUAUCGACCAAUUCUAAGAAGUUUCAAAAGAAUAUUUAAUUCUCUUAAUGUUUGAUCAAUGUAUUUAGCAUUAAUUUCUAAGGUCAUCUAUUAAAUUCUAUCCAAAAAUACAAAGAAGCUCUAUAAAUGUCCUAAACGCUGAUAAAGUUGACAAAUAAAAAAUAUUUCCUUAACUUAAAUAUUUAAGAAUUCAAUGAAUCUAACAUUUUGAAAUCUAAUUAUUAUCAUUAGAAUUUAGAAUGUCUUCUAGGGAGAAAUCUAUAUAUAAUUUAAGAAUAUAAAAAAAGUCAAGCUUUUUACAAGAAAUUGUGUUUUAAAGAUUAGAAGUAACAAAUUCUAAAGGAAUGUUACAUCUAUCUCAGUCUUAAUUUAUUCUAAACAGAAUAAUACAAAGAAGCCUUAGAUUAUCUAAGUAUGUAUAGUAAAAUUGACCCUAAUAAUUUACUCAUCACUUAUUUUGAAGGUUAAUACGUAAUUUAAUUUAAGGAUAUGCUUUAGAAAGGAUGAAUGUAUCAGAAAUUGCUUUAGAAAAAUAUAAAUAAGUUGCUUUGUAAACGAAAGAAUUAUUUUAUAAUCUAAUUUAUGGUAAAUUAUUUAAAUAAUUAGGAAAAAACUUACUUAAAUCUAAAUCUUUCUAGUAAGCUUUUGAAGUAUUUGAUAAAAUUAUAACAGAAAUGAAUUAGAAUAAGGAAAUUGUUUAAAUUUACAAAUGUAUUGAUUCAUUUUUAAAAGGUCUUACACUAUUAAAAUUAAAUUAAAUUGAUUUAGCAAUGAAAUAAUCAGAGAUAUUAAUAAAUAAAAAUCAAAAUAGUGUUUAUGGAUAUGUGUUAAAAGGUAUAAAUUAGUUUAUCUAAAAUAUAGGAAUUAUUUUAAAAAUACAAUAAAAAUCUGAAGAAGUUAAUAAAAUAUGUAAUUAGUUAAAUUUAGCUUUUCCUGAUAAUAGAUGGAAUUAUUUAUUUUAAAGUUUCAUAUAAUUCAAUUAUGAUAGGCAUUAUUUUAUGUUAAUAGAAUCAAUUUGAAGAAGCUUAUAACUAUAUAAUAAAAAUAAAGGAUGUUGAAUACAUUAAAGAUAACUUGCAAUCUUUAUAAGUAAUAUAUUUACUUAAGAUGAAUAAAAUUUCGGAGGCUUUUUAAAUUUUGAGUGAAAUGUAAAAGGAAGAUAAUUAUAAUGCUUUGUUAUAGGAUACAUUUUUGAUGAUAAAAGAAAAUGAUAAAAUUAGUAUUGGGGCUUUGUAAUAUUAAAAGUUAAUUGAUAUUAAUCCAAAGGACUCAAUGGCACUAUAAUUUUAAGGUUAAAUAUUAAAUUUAAACUUAGGAUAUUGUUAUUAUUUUGAUUUAAAAUAUGAUCAAGCAAUAGAAUGUUUUGAUCGAGCUAUAGCAUUAAAUGCAAAAUUGGCUUAUUCCUACUUUUAUAAAGGUAAAAUAUUAUACAGGCAAUAGAAGGUUAAUCUUUAUUUCGUAAGAUUGAGUUUGAUUAGGCGAUAGAAUAUUAUCAAAAUGCUGGCAAGCUGUCUGAAGAAUUUAAGAUUUAAUAGAUAGAAUUUCAUAAAGGAAAUUUAUAUUUUUUUUUAUUUUAAUUUGAUAAAGCCUUAGAAGCUCAUGAAAAAGCUUAUACAAUAGAGAUUUCUUAAGUUAUGAAAGCAAUAAUAAAUUGGUUAAGAAAUAAAAAUGAAGAAGCAAUUUAAUAAGCUGAAAAAUAGAAACAGAAUUUUUAAGAAAUAUCAUUUAUGUUAAGUAAGUUUUAGAGUAUAAAUUUAGGCAGACUUAAUAAAGAAUAAAAAAAUAAUUAUUAUGCAAAUUUUUAUUUAAAUGAAUUUCAUAAAACGACACCAGAAGGAACAUAUAAUUUUAAGAAAAAAAGUUAUUAAAAUGGUUAAAUGUUUAUAAAAUAUAUGGAAAAGAAUUCUUAAAUAUUUGAAAAAUAAAAUGAUAGUAAAAUAUUGAAUGAAAUAAUAUUAAUAGGAUAAUAUGAAAUAAUGAAAUAUGCUGCUUGGUUUUUAGAUUAAAAUGGAUAUGAUAUUUGUUUUUAAUGUUUAUAAUGGAACUUUCUAUAGUUCUUUUAUUAAGCAAUAAAUAUUGAAUAGAAUAGAAAGUUGAAUUAAAAGUAAUUAUAGCAUAUGUCAAGAUAUCCAAUAAUUUGA